AUGGUGUUCAGUAGAAGUGCCACUAUCUUCAAGGAUUCGAUAAUGGUCGGUUUGAUUAUACAAGUCGUUGCAGGAAUGCUCUCUGAUCAUACAAAUAAGGGAAUGUUGACAGACUCAUACACAGCAAUUUUGUUUCAAAUAGAUAUAUCUAGAAGCUUAGAAAUCGUUAAUCAUAAAGUUAUGGUCCUGACAACACAAAACGUAUAG